UUCCACAAUAACAACAAGAGCUAAGUUUAUACAAAUACAUGUGUGUGUAUAUAUAUGUCACACUUUGGAAGACAAAUACAAGCACAAGUCUUAUCCCAACUCUUUCUUUCUCCAAGCUCCAGAGAGAGAGAGAGAGAGAGAGGGAGAGAGAGAGAGAGAGAGAGAGAUGGGAAGAGCUCCAUGCUGUGACAAGGCAAAUGUGAAGAAAGGGCCAUGGUCACCUGAAGAAGAUGCAAAGCUUAAGGAAUACAUAGAGAAGAAUGGCACUGGUGGCAACUGGAUUGCUCUCCCUCACAAAGUUGGGCUUCGAAGAUGCGGGAAAAGCUGCAGACUGAGAUGGCUGAACUACCUGAGACCAAAUAUCAAACACGGCGAAUUCUCCGACGAUGAAGACAGAAUCAUCUGCACCCUCUUCGCCACCAUCGGAAGCAGGUGGUCGAUAAUCGCAGCUCAAUUGCCGGGAAGAACUGACAACGACAUCAAAAACUACUGGAACACAAAGCUGAAGAAGAAGCUCUUCAACAAUAUGGCUAAUAAUCAGCCAAAUCUCCCAUCAUCAACCCCUCCGUUUCUGCAGCCAGCACCCCCACUGUGUGACAAUGUGUUGGUGUUUGGGGGAGGAGAUCAAGGCACCAAUCAGAUCGGCCAUCAGAGCUUCUGCUAUUUUGGCGAUGAUCAGAACCAGCAAUUCUUCUUCAACGACGCCUGCUCCGCUUCGUCGUCUUCGUCGCCGUCGGCGAAUUACGGCUGCUUUAAUGAUAAUCCGCAGGAUUACUACGCUAGCAUCGAGGAGAUUAAGGAGCUAAUCACCAGCGUUAAUGCUAACGACGGCCUCAGCUUUCUCAUGGAUGAAAUCAAGACGGAAGAGAAAGUUUGGUGUAAUGAUCACAAGAUUUUCAAGAUGCAUAUUUUCAUGGAAAUUGGAGCACACCACUUCUCCCUGAAAUCAAGAAAACUAUUAUACUAGUAGUAUUUUUUUCGAAGAUUAUAGUGUCGUUUUUGGAAGUUUGCUUACAUAUUAAGACAUGAGUUAAAGUGUGUAAUACAAUUUUAAUUAAGUGGUGCAAAUUGACAACCACAUCUAUGUAUACUAAGAUUACGGAAACGGUGGAUUAAUUAUAAAUUAGAAAGAAAUGCCAAAAAAUUACAUAACUAGAAA